UUUCUUCUUUCUAAUUUCCCAUUUGUGCGAUCAUCCAAAAUACAAAUGAAAAAGCCUUUCAUUCAGUUGCAUGCAACACUGAUUAAACUUCAUUGAGCAGCACCCCAAUCAUACCAUCAUUUUUGCACCUCUUCCUUAUCCAUCACUUGUUCUUUACGCAGCAGACACUGUGGAAGGAGGUGCUGAAGGCAGAACAUUAUUACAAGGGAAUAAUCUUUGCAUGGGUUGUCAUCAACAAGCCAUGGUGAGUGGCUUUAUGCCCAAUGGUCUCUUGCCCAAUGAAGCAACUUCUGCUAAUCUGGUGCUUGACCAAGGCAGAUGGUCACUAGCUGAAGAAAGAUCUGCGCAGCUCAUUGAACAUAUUCAGCCCAAUCAACCAUCGGAAGAACAUCGAAAUGCUGUAUCAUCUUAUGUGCAACGCCUGAUUAUGAAGUGCUUCUCUUGUGAGGUAUUCACAUUUGGGUCUGUACCAUUGAAGACCUAUUUACCUGAUGGGGAUAUUGAUCUAACAGCAUUUAGUAGCAAUCAGACUUUCAAGGACAGUUGGGUUCAAAAGGUACGGGAUAUUUUUGAAAGUGAAGAGAAGAGGGAGGAUGCUGAAUUUCGUGUGAAAGAGGUUCAGUGUAUCCAAGCAGAGGUGAAGAUCAUAAAGUGCUUGGUGGAAAAUAUUGUAGUCGACAUAUCUUUCAAUCAGCUUGGUGGUUUAUGUACGCUUUGCUUUCUUGAGGAGGUUGACAAUCUGAUAAGGAGGAAUCAUAUAUUCAAGCGCAGUAUUAUAUUGAUAAAAGCUUGGUGUUACUAUGAGAGCCGCAUCCUGGGUGCUUCACAUGGACUUAUUUCGACCUAUGCACUGGAAACUUUAGUCUUAUACAUAUUUAAUGUUUACAAUAAUACAUUUGCUGGACCACUUGAGGUGCUCUAUCGAUUUCUGGAGUUCUUUAGCAAAUUUGACUGGGAUAACUAUUGCCUUAGCCUGUGGGGACCAGUUCCCAUACGUUCACUUCCUAAUAUAAGAGCGGAGCCUCCACUAAAGGAUUGCAGAGAGUUACUGCUUGACAACUCGUUUCUUAAUGCAUGUAACACCUUUUAUGGUGUUAUGCCUAGCAGCCAAGAAAAUCAAGAGCAACCUUUUGUUUGCAGAUAUUUUAAUAUUAUAGAUCCUUUGCGUGCAAACAACAACUUGGGGCGUAGUGUCAGUAAGGGUAGUCACUUUAGGAUAAGAAAGGCAUUUGCUUUUGGGGCUCAGCAGCUAGUGAGAUUGCUUGAUUGCCCAGAAGAGAACUUAAUUGCCGAAUUUGAUUUGUUUUUCAGAAACACAUGGGAUAGGCAUAGGAAUGGCCACCGACCCGAUGCUCCCAGUUCUGGUCUUAAUUCAAGAAAUAAAUAUGUUGUAAAAAAUUCAGCAUGUAAUGAAGCUGAGGAUGAGCAUCCUCAAGCUUCUCAUGCAUCACAUGAUAUCUACAAAAAAACUGGUGAUCAUUCGACAGGAGCAAAAGAGAUUUUUGGAACCUCAUAUAUAUCUGCUGUUUCACGAACUCAGAGCCCAAACACUAAUGGCAUCUUCACCGGUACCAUGACCUCAGAUAUAAAACAUGAAAGUUCCAUGAAAAAUGCACAUCCUGGUAAAAGCCAAAUCCCUGAUUAUUCAUCAAAUGAAGUUCAUGUCACGCAUCACUUUGAUAGGGCACUCUCUCUUCCAGAGUUUGCACAUAUAUCUGUUGAAGGUCCACCUAGACAUAGGCAUAUUGGGGUAUCAGAAAUGGAAAAAGGACAUAACCAUUCGAGAUCUAAAGUUUUAGCCAACCACAAUGACAGUGUUUCAGCUGAAAAUCAGCAACAAACUUUAUAUGAUUGGAGAAGCAAUGAUGCUGCUGAAUCAAAAAAUGCUUCAAAUAGUUAUAAUGCUGAAUUUGGCUUAGGUGUCAUCAAGGAAGAUGGUCAUUCUGUUGAUAAAGCAAUGUGGAUGCAUCAAAAAGGGCAGGAUUUUAUGAAUAUUACAGAAACUUACAGAAAUUUUAGUUCCAAUGGAUAUUUGCAAGCACCGGUGAAUGUAAAUUUAAGUAAUGUACCUUUUCCAGUUCCAUCAGCUGUUUCAGCUUCGGGAUUUGCACAUGCAAACUCAUUUGCUAUGCAUUCUGCAAAUGCUCCUUCUUUUGAGUCCUUUUGGGGUUGCAAUAUGCCUUAUUCUCAGGAUUUAGUUCCUUUUCCUGCAUUGCAGUGGUUUCCAAGUGUAGGAGUGCCAUUAAAUCAGGAAGAAAUUAAUGAACCAGUUGAUGAUAAUGUAGUAUUAGCUUAUUUGGAUCAUGAUGAUAGUGAUGGAGGUUUCUGGUCUAAUGAUAACAUGAAUGCUGUUGGAGGAUAUGACUAUGAAGAUGGGUAUAUCCAAGCUCAACAACAGAGAGAUAGGAAAAUGGUUACUACAGAAUGUUCCAGUACUGGUAAUCCAUCUUGGCUGACUAGUUCUGGAAGUUACCUGCCAAAAGAUUAUGAGCCAACUAUCGAACAUAGAAUGUUGACCAGCGAAAAUACUAGUGAUGGUUUACUUGAUAAAAGAAACAUGGGUAAUUGUAUUAACUCUACAGCAAGCUCUAGAUCAAUGUGUUCAACCUCAAGUUCCAAGCUUUCUUCCUCUACUUUCUCAAAUAAAUCUCCUUCCAAGGCUCCAAAGUUAAAGAAGGACCAAAGAGCGUUAAAGUCAGCCUUUCCUACACCACCAUUUUCUGUAUAUGAAAGCCAACGUGAAGGAAAACACAUUGAUCAUAUUUCUGCUCAACCAGAUGAUGACAGUGGAGAGCGGAUUUGUCAAGCAACUAUAGGAACUGACUUGGCUGAGUGCACAACAGCUGAAGCUGUUACUUCAGAUGUUCAGAAUCAUCAAUCAGCCAAUUAUAGGCAAGGACCAAUGAAUGUGUCUAAUUCAAAUGUUCCCAACAUUCCUGUUCUUGUUGGUCCUGGUUCAAGCCAGAGAGCUGUUGAUAACCAAGAGUUAUUACCAUUUGCAUUUCAUCCUGCUGGAUCACCAGUUCCAUUUAAUACCAUGUACAUGUUCCCAUUGUACUAUCUUCCACAUGAGACUGGUACUCCUUAUACAGCUACCAAUUGUAUGGAUAUGGAGGCAGAGCUAGGUAAUCUUCAUGCAUAUCAAUCAGUUUUCAGUUUGGAUUCUACUGAGAGAAUCAAACAAUUAGAUACCUUCCAUAAGUCUAACAAUAUCAUUUAUGAAGAGUCAUUGGUAAAACAGAGGCCCGAUAUUUUGCAUGGCGAUUUUAGGAGUUAUUGGCUGAAUCUGCAAUAUGGACGGUUUUGUCAGAAUGCACAAUUACUGAGGCCUUCAUCAUAUCCUUCCUAUGAUGUUCCACCAAUUUACAUACAGGGACAAUUUCCUUGGGAUGGUCCAGGGAGACCUUCAUCAAAUAUGAACAUGAUGGCUCAUGCUCCUCCUCUUGUUCCUAUGAUGUCAAUCCGAUGUGGUUCUGAUAGCCAUGUAGGAGUUAAUCAGCUAUAUGCUGGUGAACUUCCCAGAUAUAGUGGUGGGACUGGAACUUACCUGCCAAACCCAAAAUAUUACAGGUGCAUGCAUUCUAAUAACAGAAAUCAGAGAGGAAAUUACAACUUUGGCCAGAAGGACCGUCCCUGGGAAAGGGAAGGGAAUUGGAAUUUUAAUUCUAAGUCUAGGUUUGCCAGCCGUGACCAGUUUUACUACCAAGUUGAGAGGCCUGGUAUAAGGAUGGAUAAAUCCAAUCUGAGCAACAGACGACCUGAUAGGCCAUGGAAUUCAUUUAAACGUGGUUCUUUUUACAGGGGAAAGUUGUAUAAUGAUUCACAUAAUACUUCAACACCUAACGAUCAUGUUGCUGACUUGCCAUAUGGCAUUCGUCCACCUCCAGUUAGUGCUGCACGUUUCUCAGGCACCAAUGAAGCGACGCAUCAAGGUAAAGAUUCACACAAUGCUAUCAAUGGGCUAGCAAAGUUUAAAAGAGAUUCUGCAGAGUCUUAUCUAGAUCGUCACUCAUCAUCACAUAAUUUCGGGGGGGUUCAAAAAGAUUGACAAGCUUUCAAUAAACAGAGAUGCUGAUUUCCUGCUGUUCUGGCCAGAGAGUUCAUUUUUGUUUGUUCGUGCCACCCCUCUACUAGGGUGAAGCUUGGACUUUGUGACCCUUUUGUACACAGAAAAUUUGUAAUAGUAGUGAGAAUAGUACUCUUUACUUUCCUACAGUUAACAUUUUGUGUUAGCGUGAAGAGGGAUUCUGGCUGUUGAGAAGAAAGUGGUGUAUAUUUGUAUAUACUACCCCAAGUGUCACA